AUGGCGGACGCGGGUUGCAUUAAUGUAAAGUAAAAUGAUUAAUACCAUUAGUCGUGUGUACAGUCUGAUUUUAAUAUGACAGACAAGGAAUUUUAUCCCCUUACCACCUCGUGUGUACGGGCACUCAAUGAUAAAUUAUAUGAUAAAAGAAAGGGUGCAGCUUUGGAGAUCGAAAGGUUAAUGAAAGAUGCUGUUAAAAAUAAUGAUGUGGAAACAAUUAAAAGAGUCUUAAAAGUUGUUGGUGAAGAUUUUGCUUUGUCUCAGAAUCCAAACACUAGAAAGGGUGGAUUAAUUGGACUAGCAGCUACUGCUAUUGGCUUAGGAAAGGAAGGUUGCAAGUAUAUCAAUGAAUUAACUAAACCAGUGAUAGUUUCAUUUCAUGAUAGUGAUCCACGUGUUCGAUAUUAUGCCUGUGAAGCAUUAUAUAAUAUAGUUAAAGUAGUGAGAGGCUCUGUUCUACCAUUCUUUAAUGAGAUAUUUGAUGCUCUGAGUAAACUGUCUUCAGACCCGGAGCAAAAUGUGAAGAAUGGAGCAGAAUUACUAGACAGACUUAUAAAGGAUAUUGUAACAGAAAGUUCAUCAUUUGACUUGACUGCCUUCAUUCCUUUGUUGCGAGAGAGAAUCUACACUAAAAAUACUUUUGCAAGACAAUUUGUUGUAUCAUGGAUAGCUGUUUUAGAUUCUGUUCCAGAUAUAAAUAUGCUGGUUCUCUUGCCAGAAAUUUUAGAUGGACUUUUCCAGAUCCUUGGUGAUUCCAGUCCAGAAAUAAGAAAAUUAUGCAAUGAUGUACUGGCAGAAUUUUUACAAGGAAUAAAAAAUGAUAAAAAUGGUGUUAACUACACCAGCAUGGCAAAUAUCCUUAUAAUACACAGUCAAAAUGUUGUGGAGAUUAUACAAUGUACAGCUAUAAGAUGGUUGAGAGAGUUUGUUAUAUUAUCGGGUAGAUCAAUGUUACCACAUAUGGCUGGUAUGUUAGGAUCUGUUUUACCUUGUUUAGCAUAUACAGAUGAUAGAAGACGAAGUGUAAGAGAUGCAGCUGACCAGUUAAACAGAGGUUUACAUAAAUUAAUUGAAAAAGAAGACGAUUUACCAACACCUACCAUAGAAUCUCAAUCUGUAGAUAAUAGUCCUGCAGCUGUACAGUUAGAGGUAGCCUCUGUUAUUAAAGUGUUAAAAGCUAUGUUAAGUAAUGACGCUGUACAAACCCGAGUAGCAGCUUUGAACUGGUUUAACCUACUUCUAUCAAGAACUCCUAAUAAGACAUUCCGUCAUAUCGAUGACUUCUUUGGUUUAUUGUUAGAUACAUUAUCAGAUCCUUCAGAUGAUGUUGUGUUAUUAGAUUUAGAAGUUUUAGCAGAGGUUUCUUCGAAUCCUGCUGGAGCAGCAGAAACAGAUCUUAAUACUCAAGUUACGUCCCUUUCUGACAUAAAACCUGGAUUGAACCAGUAUUUUACCAAGUUUAUUGUCAAGUUAAUGGAAUUUUUCAAGAAUAAUAAAGCAGUAUUAGAUGAUAGAGGUGCUUUUAUAAUCAGGCAGUUAUCAGUAUACCUCAGCGCAGAAGCAAUAUUUCGAGCUUUAGCAGAAAUACUAGAGACAGAUGAAGAUGUGAAUUUUUGUUGUACUAUGGUUCAAACACUCAACACAAUAUUACUCACUUCUACAGAACUAUUUGACUUACGAUCUCUACUUAAAGAUUUAAAAAAUCAGGAGAGUUGUUCAUUAUUUGUAUGUUUAUAUAAAUGUUGGUGUCAUAGUCCUAUAGCUACCAUGUCAUUAUGUUAUUUAAGUCAGAAUUAUCAUCAUGCUAGUAAACUACUACAUACAUUUGGUGACUUAGAGAUAACUGUCGACUUUUUAAAAGAAAUAGAUAAACUUAUACAGUUAAUAGAAUCACCUAUAUUUGCGUAUUUAAGGUUACAGUUAUUAGAUACAAAUAAUAAUCAAGAUUUAAUACAUAGUUUAUAUGGUUUAUUGAUGUUAUUACCACAAUCAGAGGCUUUUAAACUAUUACAUUAUAGACUAGAGUGUAUACCUAAAUAUCAACCUAUCAGUAAUGAAAAUAGAAAACAUGUGGAUAAACGGCCAUUGGUUGGAAAAAUUGACUUCAACGAACUUCUGCAACAUUUCCUGCAAGUUCAAGCUAAACAUAAGGCUUUUAAACGACAUCAGUUAGCAUUUAAACAUAAAAGUUUAAGCAACCUACCACUGUGAUAUAAUGAAAAUUAAUUAUAAAAAUGAACAGUAUAUAAAUAUAUACCAGUAUACUCAAUAUGUACUCCACAAUUACUAGAGUAGAAAACAGUAAAAACAAGCUGCUGUUCGCUGCACCCCCCCCCCCCCCUUGUAAAUAAUAUUCCACCUAUUAAAAAUAGUUUAAAGGAGCUACUAAACCUGUUUUAAUCAGAUAAAAGUAAAAUAUGGAAUUGGGUUGAUCUGAUGCAUUAUUUUUUAUGAGUGAUGGGGCAAGCUUUUUCCAAUUAAAUUUCUGUUUUAAAGAUUAAGUGGAAUUCAGCUUGUUGAGUGUCGACAGUGGAACACGAAAUCGAUUAUAUCUUAACACUGACUUUAUAGACAUAACAUUUUUAACGAAGAAAAUGACCAUCCCUCAAAACAAAUCAAUGCAUUAAAUCCACUGAAAAUGUAAAUUUUACGUUGACCUAAAUAAAAAAAAAGUAUAAUCAUUUGAAGGGUUGUGUUUUUAAUUAAAGUAUAAUAUUCUUUACAGAUAUACACGUUCUUAUAACAUUAUUAUUAAAAAUAGUUCAGUUGAAGAAUAUGUUAAUUAUGUCUUUAAAUAUGUACAUAUGCUUUAGUCAGUCAAUGAUAAAAUGUAUAUAAUGUCUGUAACAUAAACUAUGGGGUUGUGCAGUAACAGAAAAUAUUGUUAUAUGUAUAUUCUCAUUGGGUACCAAGUCUCCAACAUUGUUUCGUGAAUUUUCAAAUCGCCCACUAUCGACUUGACCCAUGUUAAUCAUCACCAAAUGGCAGAAGAAACACUUUCAGUUUUUAUUUCAUUGUCUACUCAAUAUACAUUCAAUGUAACAGCUUAGUAGUUGCUAUCAGGAUGUUUUGUAAUCACAGUAUCAAGCAUGUUCCUGAAGCAACGACUGCGAGUUUCACAACAUCUGGUCGUUGCUUGUUUACUUCACAAUUCCCGAACUUAUAGCUAUGUUAUCUACAGACACGUGAGCAGUAGCGUCCAGUCAGAGGUUGUGACAUCGCGACCUCCACGGAAACCUUGACAUUGAAUGAACCUUGAACUUUGCAACUCGAUUAUCACAGGUAGACAAGAUGUACCUAGUUAAAGCGAGAUCAAGCCUUCUAUUGAAGAUGAGUAUCAAGAAGCUUUAUUAUGUUAGUGUCGUUUUCACGUUUUGAGUCUGGUACCUAAAGAGUUAAGAUUUAUUAAAAAUGUAUGUAUUCUUAUUAAAGAUCUUUUAUUAUUUGUAUGUAUAUGACUAUAUUAGGCUUAAACUAAUAUAAUGUACAUGUAAAAUAUAGUGUAUUUUUAUUAUUCAUUGUAAUAUUUAUGUUUUCUAUUAUUUAAAGGUGGAUUCAUAUGAUGGUGGAGAUACAUAUUAACUAUAAUAUUUACUAGUUAUUUAACUAUAAUAUUUACUAGUUAUUUAACAGUUAUAAAUCUGGAAUUUCCUAGUUAUAAAUCUGGAAUUUCCUAGUUAUAAUAAAUCUUCCUGUUCAUUUGGAAAUAAAGAUAUUUUCAUAUAAAAGUAAGUUUUCUAGGUCCAGUAGAUGAUUUUAAAGUCCUCCAGAGAAUCCAUCCUUAUUUGAUAUGAUAAUUGAAGAUAAAUAUAAACUAUGUUUUAAUCUGAGAACCUCUGAUCUAACAUUCUCACAUUACUCUUGAAAAACAUGUAUAUAUGUUUGGAUUAUUCUAUCGAAUAUUCUGGAAUUAUAAAUGGCAAACAUGUGCCAAUUGAAUAUAAAUAUUAAAUUCCUCCUUCAAUCACCUCUUUUGAAACAUUUACCUCAUGAAUCCCCACCUGUCUGUUAUCAGGAAUGUUGACUUACAGAACCAUGAGGAAACCUGAUUCAUUGUCACUAGUCCUGUACAAUAAUUUUCACUUUUAUAAUAUCUUGUUAUUAUAUGAAAAUGACAUUGAUGUUGUAAAAUAGGCAUAUUGUAAAAUAGAGAUUUAUUGCUUUAUUGGUAUUGUAAAAUAGUCAUUUAAUGAAUAAUUGAUAUGUAAAAAUAAUCAUGUCAAAACUUCAAACAGUCAUAACUUCGCUCAGAAUAAAGUAAUUUGAAUAACAUCUUCAAUAUAUUCAUUUUUCAUUGUUUUUCUUGAAAUAUAUAGCAAGAACGGCCAGCUCUUUAUCUAAAUCUUACAUAAUAUAUCUUUAAUGCAUUAUUGAUAUUGUAAAAUAACCAUAUAAUGCAUUAUUGGGGGGGGGGAUAGGAUGGCCGAAUGGUUAGCACGUGCGUGCAGUAUCAUAAGGCCUGUCAUUGAGUCAACUGGCAUGGGUUUGAAUCCCCGGUUGUACGUGACAAGGAGUAGGGUCGACUGUCCAACCUUGUGGGUUUUCUCCGGGUCCUCAGGUUUCCUCCCACUGCUAAAGACCCAAACGCGCAAGCAAAUUAUUGAAAUAAAAUUGAACCAUGUGUUAGUCUCAAAAUGACCUAGUUUGUGUCGAGUGGAUGUUAAACCCCAUUUCUCUCUCUCAUUAUUGGAUUGUAUCUACGGUAUUUUGAAAUGAUUGCCAAUAUAUUUCUGCUCAUUAAUAUAUUGAUGUGGGUUGAAAAACCCAUGACACCAUAUCGUAAAAUCUGUAUAAAUGUCAGUACAUGUAUAAUGAAUUAUUUAUGACGAUAUUUAGCAAUAUAAAAAGGUCACUCCUUAAAAAAAAGUAGUCAAUUUUCAAAACACUGGUGGUAUAAAUAAAUGAUCUCGAUUGUAAAUGGUCGAUUCCAAAUUAAGCUCUCUAUCAAAUACUGUCAUACAGAAAAUUCAGAGAAUUCUUUUGAAAAGCUUUAAUUAUCAAGACAUUUGAUCAGUUGUCUAAAGGUAUUACAAUGUCGCCAACACAGGACUAGAAUGUUGUUUUCUUAAACAUUUCUUUAGAUAUUAAUAGAAUGACUAAUUGAAUACUUGGAACGAAAAUGACAUUAAGUUUUAAUAAGUUGUUUAAGAACCUGUAUAAACUAGCUUGAUAUGAAAUGUAAAAUAUUUUAACUGCAAAUUCUAAAUCAUUCCACUAUAUCACCAUAUGGAAUAUUAGUCAUUAGCUAUUAGUUAUAUUGAUUUUAUAAUUGUUGAUAGAUACAGCUGUAAUUAUAUCUUGUUGGGUAUUUUGUUACUCAAUCUGUACAUGUAUUAUGUAUGUAAUUUAGAUGUAAUACAGUAAUAAAAUAACACUACAAAUCUC